GAGUCCUUAAAAAACCACUUUUCUCUUUCCCUAUAAAGCUCCCAAAUUGCAUCACUUUCUUCUUUCUAGCUCCUCUUCAAGUUUUCCUUUUCCAUCCCAUAAUUUUCCAAUUGAAGAACACCUUGUGGAAGAACAGUUUGAGAAAGAACCCCAGUGAGUUUUGACUUUGUUUGAAAAACAUGGGUAGAGGAAAGAUCGUGAUUCGAAGGAUUGACAAUUCCACUAGCCGGCAAGUGACGUUUUCCAAGAGAAGAAGUGGGUUGGUGAAGAAAGCUAGAGAACUGUCUAUUCUCUGUGAUGCAGAAGUUGGAUUGAUUGUGUUCUCCAGCACUGCCAAGCUUUAUGACUAUGCCAGUUCAAGCUUGAAAUCUGUUAUUGAUCGCUAUAACAAGGUCAAAGAGGACCGUCAUCAGUUAAUGAACCCUGCUUCAGAAAUCAAGUUUUGGCAGAGAGAAGUAGCAAGUUUGAGGCAACAAGUGCAGUACAUGCAAGAAUGUUACAGGCAAAUGAUGGGCGAACAACUUUCUGGUUUGGAUAUUAAGGAGUUGGGGAAUCUGGAAAAUCGACUGGAGAGAAGUUUGAAGGGUGUUCGCAUGAAAAAGGAUCAAAUUCUGAUUGAUGAGGUCAAAGAACUACACCAAAAGGGAAGCCAAGCCAAUCAAGAAAAUGUCGAACUUCAUAGAAAGAUAAAUCUCAUGCGCAAGGACAACGAAGAACUACAAAAGGUUAUUGAAGCAAAAGAAAAGGAAGGUGCUGCAACAUCCAAUCCUUCUUGCACUAUCAUAUUAAGCGCCACGUGAAAGAAGUGUUGGAGAUGAUUCUGACAAGCUGCCAAGACUUGGUCCCAGUGAUUGUACAAAAUGUACAUGAAAAUAGAUCAUCUAUCAGAAGCUCUACAUGCACUUGUUACAAGAAUCUGACACAUAUAAUGGUUACUCUGUAACAUCAAUACAAUAAAGAUUAUAUUGUCAUUUGUGGUUGGUGGUUUUAUAUAAUACUGUCUAUGUAUUUGUCAUGAUCAAUAAUAUGCAAAUCUGAGGAUAACCCUUGAGGCCUAUCUUUCCCGACCAUAAAAUGUUAAAAACCUUUAAAAGAAAA